AUGUCCCUCCAGGGAGAACAGGAUACGAUGCUCAGUAUUCUCCAGGCAGCGACCACAUCCACGGCCGCAAAAUUGCGUACCCCCUCACCAGACUCGAAGGACAUCGAUCUCCUAGCUUUGGCUGCCAACGCCUGUAGAGUGAGGAGGUAUCAAGUAAAUGCAAAGAAAAUGACCUGCCAGAAGGUGUGCCCGGUUCACAUUUACGAAGGGCACAUUGCUGUAGCCGGGCAAUUCGUCCCCGAGACCGCGGGGUUUCGCGAUCUAGGGGUCUCCCCAUCGCAACCGCUUUGGGCGAAGCGGCAGAAACCGGCGGCGAGAUGGAUCUGA